GAGGGGCGAGGUGUGUGCUAGCUGCAGGGCGGACCCGAGGACCGAGCCGGCCCUUGGCAUCCUGGGCGCUCUCUCCCCGCCUUCCCUUCCGACCCUCUGCCUCUUUCUCUCGGAUCCAAUUGUGCGGGGGACGGGGAGUGGCAAUUCGACGACAGUGUAGAGUAAAGGAAUUCAUUAGCCAUGGAUGUAUUCAUGAAAGGACUUUCAAAGGCCAAGGAGGGAGUCGUGGCUGCUGCUGAAAAAACCAAACAGGGUGUGGCAGAAGCCGCAGGAAAGACAAAAGAGGGUGUUCUCUAUGUAGGCUCCAAAACCAAGGAAGGUGUGGUUCAUGGUGUGACAACAGUGGCUGAGAAGACCAAAGAGCAAGUGACAAAUGUUGGUGAGGCGGUGGUGACAGGGGUGACAGCAGUUGCACAAAAGACAGUGGAGGGAGCAGGGAGCAUCGCAGCUGCCACUGGCUUUGGCAAAAAGGAUCAGUUGGGCAAGAAUGAAGAAGGAGGCCCACAGGAAGGAAUUCUGGAAGAUAUGCCUGUUGAUCCUGACAAUGAGGCAUACGAAAUGCCUUCUGAGGAAGGGUAUCAAGACUAUGAACCCGAAGCAUAAGAAAUACUUUUACUCGCAGUUUCUUGAGAUCUACUGAGAGAUGUUCCAUUCUGUACAAGUACUCAGUUCCAACGUGCCCAGUCAUGAUAUUUUUCUCAAAGUUUUUACAGUGUAUUUUAAACUCUUCCAUCAGCAGUGAUUGAAAUUAUCUGUACCUGCCCUUACUCAGCAUUUCAGUGCUUCCCUCUCACUGAAGUGAAUAUAUGGUAGCAGGGUCUUUGUGUGCUGUGUGGAUAUUGUGGCUUCAAAUCUAAAAGUUAAAUUAAAACACCUAAGUGACUACCACUUAUUUCUAAAUCUUCACUAUUUUUUUGUUGCUGUUCUUGAGAAGUUGUGAUUUAUUGUCAUAUAUUAUAAGAUUUCUAGGUGUCUUUUAAUGAUUCUGUCUAAAAAUAAUGAUGUAUUGUGAAAUUUGUUAAUAUAUACAAUACUUAAAAAUAUGUGAGCAUGAAACUAUGCACCUAUAAAUAUUAACUAUAAAAUUUUA